UCUUUUCUCGCAGACUCCUUCUCUCUCUCAGGGGUUCUGCUGAUAGUACGCCUCAGCCUUUUGGGGAGCUUCGCCACUGUUAGGAGGGAAGGCUACUGCUCUGUGAUGGACACUGGGCGGCGGGCGUUGAGGGAGGGAGAGAGCAAAUAAAGUUGAGUGGACUGGUAAAUGAUGAGAAAGAAAGCAGAAAAGGGGAGGGGAUUGAGCGAUGCUGGGCUACACCUAAUCCAAAACGGUUCCCGAGUCCAGUGACUUUCUCCCUUCUUCCCAAAUCUCCCUCUCUCUCUCUCUCCUGUAUCUCACUUCCAGAUUCACACAUCUGGAGAUCUCUCUCCCUUCUCUUCUCUCAACUUGCCGGUAGACGAAAAGAUUGAGACUUUGAGGAUGUAACCAGCAAAAAGAAACUUUACACCUUCCUCUUUUAUCACGACGCACAGGGGGAAUGGUUGGCGGCGGCCAAGAAUCGUCGACGGAGGUGAGCAGUUAAGAGCCGCGGCGGGCGGUGACGCGGUGCUGUGAUAGCGGAGGAUGCAGGGGGUACGACGGCGAUGAUCGAGGAUGGCGGUUACACGGCGUUGAGGAUUGACGACGAUGGAAUGCGAGGCGCGAUGAUCAAAAGGGUAUUCCAAGAGAUUGCAUCUCCAUUGCUGUUGCUACGAUCACCGACGGUAGAUGAGGCUGGGUUGGAUGAGGAAGUAGCAAUAGUUGAGCUAGAAGAUUCUGUUCAAGGAUUGCUUGAGGCAAGGAGAUCAGUAGAAGCAUCGACAAGGUUGGAACGAUUAGCGGAACACAUUCUGGUCUCGAGACAUGAUCAAGAAGUGGUCCAGUCGUCUUUGGUCUCGAAAGGGAUGCAGACCUCUCUGAUCAGUGGUUUUAGUUGGGAGUCAAUUGGAACACGUUCUCCAUACUUUCCAUAGCACAAGAGAGGCGUUGCAGCUACUCAGUCCCGAAUUACGGAUUGCUUAAUUCUCUACUGAUUUUUUUACUAGGGAUAAAGUUUAGUAGCUGAAUUAAUAUUGUCUAAUUCCUUCUCUCUAUUCUGGCAGUGCGUUGAUCUACAAGAAGAAGAUGGAUUCUUGGUGACCAGGAGAGAUCUGGGACUUAUAAACUAAUGAGGAUCUAAUUGAAGUUCCAAAUUUGUUGUAAUGCUAAGUGUUGAUAUAGGAACAUAUAACCAAUCGUUGACCUCUAUUCUUUCGCACUUGAAUGCAUUGUUCUGUUUUUAAGGUUAGCCUAAACUUUUCAAUUCCAAGCUGUCUUUCGUUGGAAAAGGCAUUGAGAAUGAUGUCCAGAUUUGAAGCUGUCGCAUAAAAUCUAUACCUAAAAAAUAUGUACUUUUGAUCAA